AUGGCCAAAGGAAAAUCAGAACAAAAAGAUAUUUUCACCGAAAUUGAUUGGAAAGAAUUAACACCAGUCGGUUUCGAAUUCAACACAUGGUUCGAUAUGAAGAAUCAAAACUGGACAUUCCCAGAUUUAAAAAAAGAACUCAAAGAUGGUGUUUUAUCAGAAAUUAAUCAUCCAUUAUAUAUGUUUUUAGGUGCUCAACCAAUUGUUGGUAAAGAUAAAAAAGGCAAAGAUUUUAAUCAAAAUAUGCCAUACAUCGUCGUUAUUGAUUGUGAAACCCCAAUGCCAUCACAAAUUGCUAAGGUAUCAAUUCAAAACGGUGAAGCUGAUAUUUUAAACUUUAACGAAGCUCACCUUAUGUGGACUCCAUACGUUUUACCAAAAUCAGCAAACAACGUCAAAAGCAAACAAGAAUAUAAAAUUUUCACUUUAACAUUACAAGAAAGAGCUGGUAAACAAUUAUCAGAAGAUAAAUUAAACACAAUUCAAUAUUUAUUACCAUAUGCUCUUAUCCCAAAGGUUUUCGAAAAAGAAAAGAAAAGAGAAGUUAAUUUCGUUCAAUUCAACCUUAAAUGUGAACUAAGUGAAGAAGGUGCUAAAAAAUUAAUUGAUGAAAGAAAAGAAGAAGAAAAAGCCUACAAGAAAGCUCAAGAAGAAAACAAGAGUAAAAAACCAAAAGAAAGAGUUAAAUUAGAAAAAUUAAAGAAACCAGAAUUUAAAAUUGAAAAGGAUGAAAAUGGUAAAGAAGUCGUCACCAAAACAUUUGAAAUUUACUUUGAUAAAUUAAAUGAUAAACUUAAAGACUUUAUCCCAGAAUUUAUUGAAGACAAUCAACUAAAUGAAAAUAUGGAAGAAAAGAUCGAAAAUGCCAUCAGAGAACAUUUCAAGAAAGAAAGAGCAAUCAUUGAUAAAAACUAUGAAGCUAGAGUCAAAGAAGUCAGUGAAUAUUCUGAAAAAAAGAAAAAUGAUUUUAAUAAUAUGAAAAUUUAUAAAUUCUAUCCAACUCAUAAUUUAAUUGAUACCCAACAAUUUGUCUCAAAUAAUAUUAAUAGAUUCUUGGGCAGUUCUACUAAAACAUUCCCAGAACCAAUCGAAAAAGAUCUUUCUAAAUUAAAAGAAGUUGAUGUUGAUUCAGUUAAAAAGUUAGCUGCCAAAGAAACAAAAGAAACUGCUAAAGAAUAUGAAAAGAAUAAAGCUAAAGCAUUAGGUGAAAAAGAACAAGAAGAAAAACCAACCAAAGGUAAAAAGAAAGUUGAGGAAGAGGAAGAAGAAGAGGAAGAAGAAGAAGAAAAAGAAGAAGAAGAGGAAGAGGAAGAAGAAGAAAAAGCCAAGCCAAAUGCCCCAAAACCAAAAGCUCCAGCUAAAAAACCAGCCUCCAAUACAACAACCACAACCACCUCAACUACCGAUAAAAAGAGAAAAGAAAUUGAAACUGAAAAACCAUCAAAAGCUGAAGCCAAAACAAAUAAGAAGCAAAAGAAAUAAUUUAUCAAUGUCUAUAGUAUCGGUAUGUUAAUUUUUUAAUUUGGGUUAUCAUUUUAAAAAAACUAAAAAAAAAAUAAUAAAUUAUUUUAUU